AUUAAUUUAUUUACCGGCAAAAUAAUGGCGGGAAUUCUGAAAAUCUUGAUGAGGGAUUACUUUACUCAUUCGAGCGAUUUUGAUUGAUUAGGGCUUGAGAGCAAAGUUCCUUCCUUCCUUUCUGCAACAUGGGUCAGACCCGAAAAAUGGUGCAGCCGAGUUCACAUGCCGAUUGGAGCAGCGGCGGUAAAAGGAAGAUGAGGAGGGGCGGCGCAGUUGGAGUGGGCAUUGAAGAGAACAUCUUAGCAAUCUUUGACGAUUCCCAUGAUUCUCAGUACUCUCACGACGACAGGCUUGCUUUCCUCGAAGCAGUUCGGGCCACCUCAAUUGUUGCCGAGGAUAGAACUCCUCCCACUACCAAAAUGUUCGAAACCAUCUUUCAGAUCUUCAGGACAGAGAAGUCUCUGGAAUUGAUAAUGGCAAGUUUCCAGCUUCUUAAUGAGCUGGAACAGAGUUUUCCUCGAGUGUACUCAGAUGCUGGAGCUGCAUCAAAAGCAUCCUCCACUUCCCAGCCUGAGCUGGUUGUUGAUGAAGAGGCUUGGUCCCCUUUUACUCUCACUGCAGACAGUGAGAGAGCAACUUCUAAAGGGAGCUCUGCUAAAACAAUUGGCCCCUCGGCUUUUCAUCGUAUAAUACAAGACCUGGCUGCUGAGCUGAAUGAUACAAGUGUUCAACCAUCAGACAUAAGGUCCCUCAGGAAUAUGCUAUUGUUCCAAUACCUUGUCACAGUUCUUGAAGGAGAGUUUCUGGCUCGUAUGAGCAUCUAUAAAGAAACCAUGCAAUGGACCAUCAUAAGGGAGUCCACACUGAACAUACUCUUGGGCUCAAGAAGAAUUAACUACAAAGGCUUACUGAAGGAUUGCCUGUCUGUUAUUUGCGGACUGCAUAAAAUCCUCGCGGGAUGUGGUGACGGCCUUAAAUUUUCAGAGGCUUCAACAGAAAAAUCAUCCAAAGAUUCUCGCACUUCUCUGGCAAUUGCAUUACCGGAAGUGGAAGAAGGAACUUGCACAGUGAUGCAGAAACUCAUGAUAAUGAUUAUGGAACUCGAUAUCCUGAAAAAGCAAGCAGAUAUAAAAUGUUUUACUACCAGAGCAGAUGGCGUGAGAACACCCCUCCUGGAGACAAUUCUUGAUGAAGUAACGUAUGAUGCUGGGAAUCUAUCUACAGUUUUACAGGUCUUCAAUCAUCCUAAAUGGAAACUAGAACUUGUUCUGCAGUACUUCUCGAAGUACAUUGUUAAGCCCACAGUUCGUACUAGGAGGAGGUUAAGCGAUUCUGCUGAGGAUGCGACAUUCCAUGGAACUCUGAGGUCCUUGGGGAAUAUGAACAGUGUGAGAAGCGUCGUAAAGAAAAUUAGUGCAGAAGCAGUUCAAUUGCUUCUGGCUCACGGUUUUCAGGCACAUUUGGCUCUGUCAAGCAAGCAUUAUCAGUAUGACGACAUUUCCGAUUCAAAAGCAAAAGACAGCUCUUUGAGGGAGAUAAGCGAGGAAAUGAUCUCUGCUUUCAACAAUUUACGAAAAACCGAUGGGUAUAUUUCAAUUUGCUCGACAUUUCGGAUAAAUAUAGGGAUCUCCUUUUCCAUUUCUGGAGUUAUUUUGUUUCCUUGUAUGCCCUUGAUAUCCAUUACACAGGCACAUGGAGAUAUUACCGAUUGCAAGAGAAGCACUGUUUGUUGCAUCGAUAAUCCUCUCAAGAAAGCCAUAGAGGUUUCGAGAGUCCAUUCUCAUGCCAUCGGCUUAUAGGGAAGAAUUGUCAUUUACAGGAACCUGUGUGGCCUCGCAGCUGAGCUACAAGUCAAAAUGCCCUACGAUGCUCGUUUCAAUGGUCUCGAAUAUUUUCCUGUGGUUUAGAUGACUGUCUAAAUUAGAUCCGAAUGAACUAGCACGCCAUGAAUUUUUUGAUGCUCUAUGUAUAUAUCUCGUUGAAGAUCU